GUCAACACGUCUGCGCCUCUCUCUCUCUCUCUCUCUCUCUCUCUCUUUCUGCAACAACAGUCUCUGCAACUUCAACAGAUAAAUUGUAAUCAUUAUAUCAUAACCCUUCUUGUCCUUUCCUUUUCUCUUUCACUUUCAAUUCUCUUCAAAAAAGAAGCUCUUCUCUUUCUCUCUGUUAAUUGCGCAAAACUUUGAAUCCUUCCAUGUCCCACAGCAAAACAGAAGAAGCAAGCUUAGAGUCACUUCUACUCCUAUUCAAACAAGCCAAGAACAACAAAUCCCGCAGACCCUAAUGAACCCUUCUUUUCAAAACCCUAAAGAUUUAUCUUUAUCGUUGUCCUUUCAACUCGAAAGCCAAAGAUAUAAUGAUAACAGUAGUAAUGUCGUUUCAAUAUUUGGAGAUUGCUUGAAGCAGAAUAGUAACAAUAAUGGUGGAAUUAGAAGCUCAGUCCCUCUUGGCCCAUUUACUGGGUAUGCAUCAAUCUUGAAGAGUUCAAGAUUCUUGAAACCUGCACAGCAGAUUUUGGAUGAUCUUUGUGGGAGUGUGAAUUAUGAAGUUUUUGACUUUUCUUGGGAUUUUUUGAGGCAAAGUGAAGUAAUGAGAGAAAGUGUUGCAUUUAGUGAUCGAGCAGAACAUGGUUGGAAGAAUUCUAAGUUAACGUUCAUGCUUGAUGAGGUGUACAGGAGAUACAAGCUAUAUUGCCAGCAAAUGGAGUCAGUUGUUGCAUCAUUUGAAACAGUUGCAGGCCUUGGAAAUGCAGCUCCAUUUGUUUGCUAUGCUAUAAAACUUAUGUCAAAGCAUUUCAGUUUCUUGAAGAAUGUUCUUUUGGACCAAAUUCACUUCACAGGAAAAAUUUCUGAUGAUGGUAAUAUUAAUAAUACUACUAAUGAAAAAUUUCCAAGAUUUUGUGCAGUUGAUGAACAUGGCCUUCAAAACCAAAACCCAAGUCUCAACUUGAGUUUUCUCCAGCAUCCUGUUUGGCGAUCUCAAAGAGGACUACCUGAUCAUGCAGUGGCUGUGCUUAAGACAUGGCUAUUCGAACAUUUCUUGCAUCCCUAUCCUAAUGACUCAGAAAAGCAAAUUCUUGCUCAACAGACAGGUCUAUCAAGAACUCAGGUUUCUAAUUGGUUUAUCAAUGCAAGAGUUAGACUUUGGAAACCGAUGGUGGAAGAAGUGUACAAGCUUUCAUCACAGCAAGCUCAAGUGCCAUUAGAAGCAGUUAAUACCAAUGUCACAGAGCCCUCUGAUUUCUCUUUCCAGAAACUACCCCAAACUACUUAUGACCACAGCCCAUCUAAACGCUCAAGAAAUGAACUUGCUGACGUUUCUGUGCAGAGCCAGUACCAAGCUAGUAAUGGUAUUGGUGUUUCUUUGGCAUUAGGACUUCAUGAUAGUAAUGGGAUCGAUCUAUCGUCACCUUUUCCUGUUAAUAUGGAAAUGGUAAGAAUGAUGGAUUCGACCACUGCCAAUUUUGAGGCACAGAACCAGCAUUUUCCUUUUGGCAAGGAUUAAGAAUUAAGAUUAACAAGGGGCAGGUGGCAUGGAAUUUGUAUUUUCUGGGAUGUGAUUUGCAUAAUUAUGUGUUUUAAUUUAUAAAGAAGGAUUUCAGUUUAUGCAUCAUCGCCAAUUGAAUGCACAGUGUUAUUUUUUA